AUGCUUCGUUUAGGAAGAAUUCCAAUUGUAGGAAUUAAGCCAUUAAAUUCAGUUGUAAAUUCAACGAGAAUAUUAAGAUUUCCAACAAUAACAAGAUCGAUCAGUCGAUCAUGCAGAAGACUUGCAACUGCACCAGUACAACAGCAAAUCAAAACUGUUAAACCAGAGACAGGCAUCAAAAAAUUAAUGAAAAAGUAUGGUUAUUCUGCCUUAGUUGUUUAUAUUGGUGUCACUUUCAUCAGUUUGCCAUUAUGCUUCUUCACUGUCCAUUCAAUGGGGGCUGAAAAGAUCAGUAUAUAUAUGAACAGGGGUAAACAAUUAUUUGGGUAUGGAGAGUCAAGUGAUGAAGCAGUAAUCGAAAAAUUGAAACAAAAGAAGUUAGAAUUGGAGAAGCAAAGAGAAAGUGGAACACAUACUAAAUGGAGUGAAUUUAAACAAAGCACUUUACUAGCUGAGUUUCUAAUUGCAUAUGGUUUACACAAAAGUUUGGUAUUUGUUAGAAUACCUGUAACUGCUGCCGUAACACCCACAAUGGCUAGACUAUUUCAGCGUUGGGGGUUCAAGAGACUGGUUGGUGGAGCAAAUAUGAUGAACAAUGGCAGGAUCAUUCCUAAAGUUGGCCCUAAUGGCGAGCUACCAAGACAAAAUCCCUCUAAGUCAAGGAAAUGGUUUAAUGGUUUGAUGUGA